AUGUCCGCCCAAACGUCCAGAUCGGCUCAGACGCCGAAGACUGCCACGACCCCACCCAGCAACGCUUCAGCUAGACUGGAAAGGUCUCAUCCCGGUGUUCGCCGUUCCACUCCCGAUUCAGAGGCUCUAGCGUCUUCCGACGAUGACGGAGACCACACCCAGUUGCCUCCUGUAUCUACCGCUGCACCGGUACCCAAGCCUGCCCGUCGAACUUCCUGGCUGAACGAAGUUCCCGCCAAUCUCCCUCGCAAGGCGUCCUUGACGACAGCUGGUCCUCUGUCGACUGGGAUCACAAAUCCAACCAGCCCAGCCACCGACCAGUCUGGAUGGCCUACCAACACGAGCCCUGGAUUGACCAACUCGAUGAACUGGCCGCAUGUCGGAGGGAGCUCGUUCCCCUGGGGCACGGGGAUCUGGAAUACUGAGUCCCGGAAGGAACCUCCUCCCAGGCUCUCAGAGAUCGUUCCCUCUCCCACCAUGUCCAACCCCUCGACUGUGAGCAAUCACUUCACUGAUGAGUUGUUGAGUCCCACGACCCGUACCACCUCUGGUGAAUCCGCUAUCCCGUUCUCCAUCCCUCUCCAUCCCACGCCCAAGACAUACCGUUCUCAGUCAUACUCCGUGGGACAGUUAGACCCAGAGUUCUUGCCCGUCAUGGCCAACAAGUCCGGAGCCGCAUACUCGGGCGGUCGUUCCCGCAACGGCGGUCAGUUCUCUGCACUGCAGCAUCGGUCUUCUCGUCCUAGCCUCCUGGGCGAGUUGGGCCACGACCCGGCUACUCUGGGCCGUGUGCGUGAAGAUGACGAUGAUGACGGUGGAAGUCCCCACGGCUCGGACGGUAGCCUCAACAACUACGCUACGAACCAGGCCCGAACCAUCGAACAGCUGUCGCGGGAGAAUGCUCUUCUGCGCCAAGCCGCCGGCCACGUCGAUGGUAGCUUCAGAGACCGCGCAAUGUCCACCACGUCCGCGGCCAGUGGAUAUACAGUUGGUGCCGGUGCCGGCUUGCAUAAUUUGCAUCGCAUCCGUGGCAGUGUGCCAGAGGAAGCAGACCUGGCGGUAGAAGACCUCGAUGAGGUGCGCGAUAUCCCUGGCUACAGUCACAUCCAUAGCAACACUCGGAGACGAUUCUCGGAACAUUCGGCCAAUUUGGAGAAACAGUUCCCUCAUCUUGCGUCAUUGGAUAAUCGUGCCCUGGAGAAUUUCAGGAAGGCUCAUUGGCAAACUUCUCUCGGGUUUGGCGGCAUCUCCGAUAUCCCGCAAAGCCGGCGCCAUUCUUUUGCAGACAUCCCGAUCCGACACCCCUCCGUGUCGGGGGAAUCGCAGGCUGCUGCUGUCGCGGCCGCGGCCGCACGCGCUGGAAUGCCCGACCGAGAGGAAUCCUUUGCGAGCAUUGGCGAAGGACCUCUCACAAGUGCCCAAAGCCAGAAUCGUGAGUAUCAGCGUUUUCAUAUGGCUCCUCAUUCCGAGGAACAUGAACUGGAAACUGAGUAUUUACGAGCUCGUCGGUUUGCAGAAUCCUAUUUUGCGCGCGAUCAAGCUCUUCGUGCUCCCGAGGGCCCGUCUGCCGUCCCAACGUCUCUACACCAGGCUUACGCCAUGCCGAACACCUACGGUCGUCAUCAGCCAGGCCUAGCACAUCCGCAUCAGAACCAGCUCCUGUAUAUUGUGUCAUUCAAGUGCCAUCGGGCGGACGUGUUCUAUAUCCAGGAAGAUACCGGUCUGCAGGUGAAGCCCGGUGACCUCGUCAUUGUCGAAGCGGAUCGCGGUACAGAUCUAGGAACCAUCAAACAUGCCGACAUCACUAUGCAGGAAGCUCGGGAGCUGAAGCAGCACUACGCCGAAGAACAUUACAAGUGGUUGAUGAUGUUUUCCAGACAGGGUCAGAAUGCUGCUGCAAACGUCGUUGGUGCCCCUGGCAGCCUUGGUGGCCGCAGUGCCAUUGGUGGCAUGGGUCCUCACGGCCACGGCGUGCAAGACUCCGCGGCAGAUAUCAAGCCCAAAUUGAUCAAGAGACUGGCCCAGAACCAUGAGAUCCUCACUUUGCGUGACAAAGAAGGAAAUGAGGCAAAGGCCAAGCGUGUUUGUCAGCAAAAGGUUGCAGAACACCGCCUCAACAUGGAAAUCCUCGACGCAGAGUUUCAAAUGGACUGGAAGAAACUCACCUUCUACUAUUUCGCGGAUUCUUACAUCAACUUUAACUCUCUGGUGACCGAUCUCUUCAAGAUUUACAAGACCCGAAUUUGGAUGUCCGCGAUCAACCCCGCGUCGUUUGUUACGCCCCCGAGCGCUGGUCUACAGCACUCCAACACCCUAUACAACCAGGAAUCGCAAGCGGAUCGGUCCCACCAGCAUGAUAAUGCUCCAUAUAGUCACGCCCGAGACACCGCCGAGAGCGGAAGAGAGGCCGUCGGCAACCCUCUUGGCUUAGUGCGCAAUACCUAUCCCGACUCGUUUCAAUCCUUCGGACAGGGUUCUCGCAUGCCAGAAUCAGGCCUCGGCGGACUUGCUUCGGCGGACCCAUUCGCUCCGUAUUCGCCCCACUCCUUUGGAGGGCUGGACUCGAGCUAUGCCGACUAUGCGACAAGCCCUGGCGGAAGCUCAGGUCCCCCGCGCAUGCAUCCUGGCCCUGGCGAUUGGGUGAACCGUUUCCAGGGAUUGUCGCUAGGCUCUUGA